AUGAUUUCCAAAUCCACCGUGAAAAGCCAAAGCAGCAGCCGCCAAAUCUUCAGUGCCGGCUCAGCCAGAGUCCCUGGGGUCAACCGCUCUGGCUUCAGCUGCAUGCCCGUGCGCCGCUCCAGAGGCAGUGGUGGCCUCACUGGAGUAGGUGCAGGAGCUAGCUUUGGCAGCUGCAGCCUCUAUGGCGUGGGCGGCUCCAAGAGGAUCUCCCUCGGAGGGGGCAGCUGUGCCCUCGGUGGCGGAUAUGGCGGCAGAGCUGGAGGCGGUCUCGGCUUUGGAGGUGGAGCCGGGAGUGGAUUUGGUUUCGGCGGUGGAGCUGGUGGUGGCUUUGGGCUCGGUGGUGGAGCUGGCUUUGGUGGUGGCUAUGGGGGCUCUGGCUCCCUCGUCUGCCCCCCUGGAGGCAUCCAAGAGGUCACCAUCAACCAGAGUCUCCUGACUCCCCUCAAGCUGCAAAUCGACCCCAACAUCCAUCAGAUCAAGACUGAGGAGCGGGAGCAGAUCAAGACCCUCAACAACAGGUUCGCCUCCUUCAUCGACAAGGUCCGAUUCCUGGAGCAGCAGAACAAGGUCCUGGAAACCAAGUGGGCCCUGCUGCAGGAGCAGGGCACCAAGACCGUGACGGGAAUCCUGGACCCUUUGUUCGAGCAGUACACCAACAAUCUCAGGAGACAGCUGGACUCCCUUGUCAUGGAGAGAGGCCGCCUGGACUCAGAGCUCAGGGGGAUGCAGGACACGGUAGAGGACUUCAAGAAGAAAUACGAAGAUGAAAUCAACAAGCGCAUGUCAGCAGAGAAUGAAUUUGUGAAUCUGAAGAAGGAUGUGGAUACUGCUUACAUGAAUAAGGUUGAUCUACAAGCCAAGGCAGACGCUCUCAUGGAUGAGAUCAACUUCCUCAGAGCCCUCUAUGAAGCAGAACUGGCUCAGGUGCAAACCCACGUCUCAGAUACUUCUGUCGUCCUCUCCAUGGACAACAACCGCACCCUGGACCUGGACAGCAUCAUCGCUGAAGUCAAAGCCCAAUAUGAGGAGAUCGCUCACAGGAGCCGGGAGGAGGCCGAGUCCUGGUACAAGUGCAAGUACGAGGAGCUGCAGGUUUCGGCGUUCAGAUAUGGGGACGACCUGCGCAACACCAAGCAGGAGAUCUCUGAGAUCAACCGCAUGAUCCAGAGGCUGAGAUCUGAGAUCAACCACGUCAAGAAGCAGUGCACCAACCUGCAAUCCGCCAUCGCCGAUGCAGAGCAGCGUGGGGAUAUGGCCCUCAGGGAUGCCAAGAACAAGCUGAUCGAGCUGGAGAAUGCCCUGCAGAAGGCCAAGCAGGACAUGGCGCAGCUACUGAGGGACUACCAGGAGCUCAUGAAUGUCAAGCUGUCCCUGGACGUGGAGAUCGCCACCUACAGGAAGCUGCUGGAGGGCGAGGAGUGCAGGCUGUAUGGGGAAGGCGCUGGACAAGUCAACAUCUCCGUGGUACAGUCCACCACCUCCAGUGGCUAUGGCGGUGCCGGCGGUGUCAGCAGUGGCUUAGGCAUGGGCGGAGGCAGUGGCUACUCUUGCGGCAGUGGUUACAGCGUUGGAGGUGGCUUCAGUUCCGGCAGUGGCAGAGCCAUAUGUGGUGGCCUCAGCUCCUCCGGGGGCAGCAGUUCCACCGUCAAAUUCACCACCACCUCCUCCUCCGGCAGGAAGGGCUACAAGCCUUGA